CACGGAUGCAUAGACGCAGUUCCAGAGGGGAGGGGAGAACACGUACAGUAUACUGCUAAGAGGAGUAUAGUAGUCCGAGACAACAAGGGAGGAGAGAUGAUGAGCAGGGUGUGCGUCACCGGAGCCGCCGGCUACAUCGCGGCCUGGCUCGUGAAGAAGCUCCUGGAGCGAGGCUUCAUCGUCCACGCCACCCUGAGAAACCUCCGUGAUGAGAAGAAGACGGCGCUCCUGAAGGCGCUCCCUGGCGCGGCGGAGCGGCUGACGCUGUUCCAGGCGGACGUCUACAACGCCGCCACCUUCGAGCCGGCCAUCCAGGGCUGCGAGUUCAUCUUCCUCGUCGCCACCCCGCUUCUGCACGACGCCACCAGCACCAAGUACAAGAACAUCACCGAGGCUAUCGUGGACGCCCAUCACAUGAUCCUGCAACAGUGCGAGCGGUCCAAGACGGUGCGGCGCGUCAUCCACACGGCCUCCUGCCUGGCUGCAUCGCCGCUCAAGGAGGAUGGCGAUGGGUACAAGGACUUUGUCAAUGAGUCAUGCUGGUCUCCACUCAACGUUACCUAUGGCUACAGCAACUUCCACCUCGACGGGUACGUGACAUCCAAGAGCCUAUCAGAGAAGGAGCUGUUGAGGUACAACGAGAAGGGGGAGGACAGGGCGUUCGAGGUGGUCACACUUGCGUGCGGGCUCGUCGGCGGUGACACCAUCCAGCCCAUCCUGUGGAGCAGCAUCCCGUUGGUGGUGUCGCCGCUCACUGGCAACGAGGCCUACCACAACUCCCUCAAGUUCAUGCAGGCGGUCAUGGGAUCCGUGCCGCUGGUGGACAUCGACGAUGUAUGCGAUGCACACAUCUUCUGCAUGGAGCAACCGGCCAUGGCUGGCAGGUUCUUGUGCAUCGCUGGAUACCCCACCAUGCAGGACUACGUCGCCCGCUUCGCUACCAAACACCCCGAGCAUAAGAUACUCCUCAAGAAGGUGGUAGGAGAGGGGGUAAGGGUGCAGGGCAACACCAACAAGCUUGGGAAACUAGGGUUCAGAUACAGAUAUGGGGUGGAGGAGACGCUGGACCGCAGCGUGGAAUGCGCCAAGAGAUUGGGAGAGCUCUAAACUACUACGCCACCACAUGCCUCAACUCCGCUAUUGUAAAGGACGGACCGGGGCCGACGUGCCACCAAUAUCCUACGUAACUGGCGGGAAAACCUACUUUUGAAUUCGAAUUUGGUAGCCAGCUCUCGAAUUCAAAGUAUAUAUGGUUUUGGCUGGUAGGUUUUCCCAUCGGUUACAAUAGAUUCCCAAUAAAACGUAGAACUACAUAUUCUCGUGGUUUGUAAGACUUGGAUCUCAUGUUUUAAUAUUUGUAUCUAGCGUUGCAUGUUAAUAUAUAAGGUGUGUUUCAGUCUUGAGUUA